UCGGCGGGAGCGUCUCUUCAUCAGCUGAUUGCUUUUUUCAAAUUAAUGUUCAGCAAAUUUUUUUGUUUGUUAAACAUGUUAUAUUAAAUACUUAACUUAAAUAUUAAACACUUUUUCAGAAAUAAGCUAGCUUACAUAUCAAUUUAAUCGCUAUUUCACCAUAUAGAUGUGGAGAGCAUAUAAUCAUAAUAAGGGGGAAACAUGGUAGCCAUUGUAUUUUGACCAUCUCAAGGAUGGCCAUGGUACAAACCAGAAUUUCCUUUGGAAGCCUAUUGCCUUGAAAAGAAACUUAAGAAAUAGAAGAUAUAGACUGAUAUUUACAAAAGCACUGGCAUACUUUUAUGAAGGACUAACCUUCAAGUCCAUCUGAUAUUUCAACUGAAAUCUCAUUCUUUUUACCGGAAAUCUACCGGACUUCUACAGUACAGUACUAAAGGGAAGCCUAUUGCCUUGAAAAGAAACUUAAGAAAUAGAAGAUAUAGACUGAUAUUUACAAAAGAUUUAAAGACAGCAGGCUUCUAACUGAAGAUGGCAGUCAAUAAAGAUUUUAGUAUUGGAGAUUUCGUUUGGGCAAAGAUGAAGGGUUUUCCUUUUUGGCCAGCCAAGAUAGUAGAACCCCCUACAGAUAAAAAAUCUACUCCUAAAAAGGCACGUCAUUAUGUAUUCUUUUUUGGAAGUCUAAAUUAUGCAUGGAUACAAGAUGAAAAUAUUGUACGUCAUUCUGAAGAAAUGCUACAGUCUACUUCCAGUAAGAAAAAAUCAGCCCUUUUAAAAAUAGCAAUAAAACAAAUCAUUGAAGAAGCACCCAAACAAGCUAAAUCACUUGUCAAAGAAAAUGAAUAUCCUGAGAAGUCGCCUGAAGUAUUGACAAGUGGUACUGAAAAGAAAAUUUCUAAAGUACAAAGAAAGAAAGUGAAGAAGGAAAACCAGGAAGUUCGGAAGAGAGUUUUACCUAAACGAUGUUGUACGGAUAAAUCAGAAUAUGAAAGAACAUCUCCUCCUCAGAAGUUAAUUAAAAGGCCUACUGAAGAUUUCUCUGAAUUAAAUACACCUCCUAAUUUAAACUAUAAGCGUAUAGCUGUUAGCAGACCAUUAGAUGAGUAUCCUUCUUCAGGAAUUACCAGCAGUGAAUUUCAGUCGUUUCCUACUUUGGAUUUACAUGAACCCAAUGAAGCCAUAAAAGCAAAAAAUGUCACGCCAUCGCAUAAGAAGAUAGGAUUUCUUGGUCUCGGAAUGUUGGGUCAAAGGCUUGUUAAAAAUCUGCUUACUUCCAAUCACAAGGUCACAGUUUGGAUUCGAACCCCUGAGAAAGGUGCAGAUUUUGCUAAAGUUGGGGCUGAGCUUGCACAUACUCCAAGUGAUGUGGUUGAGAACUCUGACAUAAUUUUUUGCUGUGUUUCUGGUCCUGAGGCCUCAAAAAGCCUGGUUUUUGGAAACUAUGGCGUUCUGUCAGGUCUUGAAAAGUCGCCACCUGGGUCAAAAAGUUAUGUUGAAAUGACUGCAUUAGAUCCAACUACAUCAAUAAACAUUGCAGAAGCUAUCACACGUAAAGGUGGAAGAUAUCUUGAAGCUCCCUUCAGUGGAUCAUUAAAAAGCGUAGAAGAUGGAAGUCUGUUAAUUUUGUGUGCAGGCGAUAAGAAAGUUUUUGUCUCGUGUCACAGUUGCUUUUUUACCCUUUCAAGAAAUGCCUAUUAUCUUGGCUCUGAUGUUGGCUCCGGAUCUAAGAUGAAUCUGAUUCUUAGUACAUUAGUGGGAGUAUCAUCUGUUGCCUUUGCAGAAGCCAUGGCACUUGUUGAGCGUUGCAAUCUUUCUCAGGUCGACUUCUUUGAAAUUAUGGAACUUGGACCAAUAUGUUCACCUCUUCUUAAAGAACUAGGAAAAGCCAUAAUAUCACGUAACUUUAAAACUAAUACUUCUCUUAAGCAUCAACAAAGAGAUAUAACUUUGGCUCUUGCAUUGGAUAAUGACCGUGAACUCCCAAUGUCAGUCACGACAGCAGCAAAUGAAGUGUGCGAACGUGCUAAACUUCGAAAUAAUUCUGACCAUGAUGUAUCUGCUGUUUACAUGGGAACUGAGUAUUAGUGUCAGUUCAUUGUUUUGCUAUACUAUGUUAUAUACCUGAAGGACAAAUAUGGUUUUUUUUAUCCCAAUUCAUUGUAAAAUGUUA